AUGACAUCAGCUCCCCUUCCGGGUAGAGCCAGUUCACCUACAGGCAGCUUUUACGCCAUGAGCGACGACGAAGAGGGCGAGUAUGAUACCAUCACCCACACCGAGACCGGAAAGGGUGUCAAACUCCUAUUUUCUAAGAGCAAAGUUUAUGUUCACCCUACUCCAUCCUCAAAGGAUAACAUCCCCGGCUACAUAGCACUAUUACAGCAAAAAGGACACCAUGAUGAACGACCAACAUCUUCUUCCUCCAACGCAUCCAACUCUUUAGCAUCGGCAGACCUUUUACUUGCUUGGUUACCGGAGUCCUCUCUUGGUGAUGCCGCCAGCAUAUACGUGAAAGUAGAUCUGACCGAUGCCGAGUCCCCGCCGAGGCAAAGCUAUCUUGUACCACCACCCCCUACCGUAACUACCCACAAAGGAUCAAUCGGUCAUUACGCUUUCGCUAUACCUGUUAGUGCGAUAUAUUCUUUACUGGUGAGGCCACCUAGCUUGGGGUGGUGGUUCGGGUCUCUGGUGAUCAAUACCAGAGCUGGGGAUAGCUUCCCAGCAUUGUUCUUUCACGAUAGCGAAUGCCAGUCAACUAUACUCCAGAAGAAGAAGCGGGCUAGGGAGAGCUUUGACCCUUUUGGUGAAAAUGGCCAAAUGUUUUGGGGAGGCGAUGAGGUGCUCCGUUGGUUAAAACGCUACGUCCGGAUAGAAAGGAGUGGGGCUGAGCCGAACAUCUACUUGGUAGAGCCGACCAAAGAAGAUAGCGAGGCUUUCGGCGGAAAGUUAACGUCAAGUACGCCUUCGCAGAUUGGCAGGCAUGACAGUUCUCAAGGUAUAUCCUCGCGCAGUCGUGCCGGGCCUUCACGAGCGGGCGCGGGUGAUCAGAAUGACGCGGGAAUGGACCCUGUCAUGAAAUUUGUGAAGGAGACUGGAUGGAAUCUCCUAGAAAAAUUCAGCAAGGUCACAACGUUCACACGAAGAACCGCCCAGGAUAUAAUUGACAAUCCAAAAAUGCCACCUCAGGUGCGGAGAUUAAUGAGAAACCCCGAAGUUCAGACGUUGCAAGACGAAUUUGAUAGCGCAAGGAUAUACUUAGCCCGGUGGGCGAUGGGAAUAGCUGAGCAGAGCGAAAGGGAUCGAAGCCAGAGGAUAUGGACCGCUCGUGACGUCUUGGAAUUAGAAGAUACUGACGUCGGGGAGUUCGAGUUGCUUGAAACAAGUACUUUAUCUCUGGAGGAGCGAAGGAAAUCAGUGACUAUUAAGGAGUGGAACAGUUUCUUUGAUCCUCGAACUGGUCGCCUUGCAGUCACUAUUGAUGAAGUUAAGGAGCGAAUCUUCCAUGGUGGUCUCGAUCCGGAGGAUGGAGUUCGCAAGGAAGCUUGGCUGUUCCUGCUUGGUGUGUAUGAUUGGUACAGCACAAAUGAGGAACGGAAAGCGGCAAUCGCAUCUUUGAGGGACGAAUAUGUAAAACUAAAGGCUGCCUGGUGGGAAAGGCUGGUAGACCUUGGUGGCGAAGGAGAGGACGGUGAAUGGUGGCGAGAGCAAAGGGGCAGAAUCGAAAAAGAUGUGCAUCGGACCGACCGCACAGUUCCAAUUUUCGCAGGAGAAGAUCUUCCUCAUCCUGAUCCCGACUCCCCAUUUGCCGAGGCUGGUACCAAUGUCCAUAUGGAGCAGAUGAAGGAUAUGCUACUCACUUAUAACGAGUAUAACAGGGAUCUUGGUUACGUCCAGGGAAUGUCUGACCUGCUUGCUCCGAUAUAUGCCGUUAUGCAGGACGAUGCCAUUGCCUUCUGGGGGUUUCAGCGUUUCAUGGAGCGAAUGGAACGGAAUUUCCUACGAGAUCAGUCCGGCAUGAGAAAUCAGCUUCUCACUCUCGAUCAUCUAGUACAGUUCAUGGAUCCAAAGCUAUAUGCUCAUCUUCAGUCGGCCGACAGCACCAACUUUUUCUUCUUCUUCCGGAUGCUAUUGGUCUGGUAUAAACGCGAAUUCAAGUGGAUGGACGUCUUGCACCUAUGGGAAGUGCUCUGGACAGACUACUUGAGCAGUAGUUUCCACUUAUUCGUAGCCCUUGCUAUUCUAGAGAAGCACCGAGAUGUGAUCAUGAUUCACCUUAAACAUUUUGACGAGGUGCUUAAAUAUGUUAACGAAUUAUCGAAUACGAUAGACCUUGAGUCUACAUUGAUCCGAGCAGAGGCUUUGUUCCGCCGUUUCCAGCGGUUGAUUGAAGCCAUAGAUAAGAAGCAAAACUUUCCAACACCAAGAGUACAGCAAGAUUCGUCGUCAAAUUCCGCAUCCACUUCACCCAAACAGCCAAGUAACAAAAACGGAAAGGCUACAGAAGAGCAGCCGAAAAAGACGAUUACGCCUGAGCUGCGGAAGCUACUGAGUAAAAAUAUAGAAGUGCUUCCACGAAAGGUGGUGCAAAAGAAAGGCGAUAGUAUUACUACCGAUGGUGCCUAG